GGACGGGAGGAAAAGGAGGAAAACCCACAGAAGAGCCCCCCUAAAGCCGCCGGCUCAGCCUAGCUCAGCUCAGCUCAGCCCAGCUCAGCCCGCAGAGCCGCGGUGAUGCCCCGCCACCCCGCAGUGCUGCUGGUGCUCGCCCUCCUCGCCCUCCUGGAAGCCGGUCUGGGCCAUCCCCCGCCCGAGUCCCACCUGGCCGCGCACCCGAGGACCAAGAGAUGUUCGUGCAACAGCUGGAUGGACAAGGAAUGCAUUUACUUUUGUCACCUGGACAUCAUCUGGGUCAACACACCUGGGCACACGGCUCCCUACGGCCUGGGGAGCCCGCCCAGGCGGCGCAGGAGGUCGCCGGGCAGGUGCCAGUGCUCGCACUCCAGGGACAACAUCUGUGCCACCUUCUGCCAGGGAAAGCCUGGGUACCUCCAGAGUCUGAAGCUCCCAGUGAGUUCUGCAGCAUCAACGAGGUCCCCACAGAGUGGUGACAUGAAGCCUCCCCAUCAUGGCCUACUGAGGGCUCUCAGGGACCUUGCUGCCUCCAGCCUGCGCUCUGGGAAACAUCCGCAGCGCUCCCGGAGGGACGCCCAGCCAACGACUCUGCCUUGGAGGAAAAACAUCUGGAAGAAGAAGAGAUAAGGAACAGGUGCAUCCCAAGUUCACCAGAAGAAUUUGGAGUCCUGUGGGUGCCACCAGCUCUGCUGUCAGUAGUUAGAGCUGAAGGAAAGGCCGUGAGUGGAAGGGAAGAAGUGGAAGUGUCCGUGCUCCUGUUGCUGACCCAGCACUGCCUGUACUCCAGAGACUGUUGUAAAGGGAAAACUCUCUAUACAGCCCUAGAUGUGUUGUGGAGCUGAAUUGUGCCUUUUUGGAUCAGGCAAGGGUCUUGCUGGAGGAGUACGAGCUUAACUGUGCUCUGGAGUCGUGGGCAGAGGGUGGAAUCCCAGCCCAGGUGGUUCUGUGCAGGCUGGAUGUGCCAGCACUGAGCCCGUGUCUCUGGCCUGCUCUGCUCUGCCUUUGAGCUGUGUCUGAGCAGGGCCCAGCUCCUUUCAGAGGUGCUCUGGCUGCUCUUGUUGCUCAGGGAUGAGCUGCCUCCAGCCUGAGCCCGACUUUGCACUAUUUUCUCUUGUCAGUCAGUGCCUGUGGAUGAGACUCCCGGGCUGGAACAGCUCCCAGUUUGUAUUAAAAAUAUACAGACAAUCCAGAAGCCUGGAAGCCAACUGAGUGGUCAGUGGCACUCACUGGCUGAGAAAUUCACUGCAGGGAGUUUUCCCUGCAGUCCCUGAGUGGCUGUAGUGGAGGUGGAGGGUGGCUCACACC